AUGGAUCAAUCGUUAACACUAUCAAAUCUGCUUCACCUCCACAACUCCCUCGACCUAACCACCUCCCUCCUCUCCUACUCACUCUCAUCAACCACCGCCAACCCCUCCUCCAUGUCCCCCUUCCUUUUCUUCACCAUCGCCUCCGUCCUUUCCUAUGUCUCUUCCACGCACCCCUCAUCCUCCCUUCCCAACCCCAACGUCGUCGCCACCAACAACAACAACCCCAACAUCACCACCACCAACAACACCUCCUUCGACUACUCCGUCUCCGCCUUCCUCGCAUACUGGCAUAUGUAUUGGGGAAAGGGCUCCUCGCCAGAAGCUGAGGAGUUUGUGCCUGAUGGUGAUACAUUGAAGGAAAGCAACUAUUCAUUUGAGGAUGGUGGUCCAAGUUUAUUUGAUGGUGAUACAGAGCCUGUUGAUACAAAUCUUAUGAGAACAGUUUAUGUACCGAUAGAUCAAAACAAAUCGGAGGCUGGUUUCUUGAUCAAGAGCUUGCCCACAAAGGGUCCUUUUUCGGAAGAUCUCUCAAUUCGUGUUCCUACAAAGAAACCAAAUCCAGUUGUUCUUACCCCUACGCAAAGUCUAGUUGAAGAAAUAAAAGACAUAGGGAACUUGGCCUUUUUGGGUCCUCGGGCAUCACAGAAUACUGAGAACUCUCUCCUACCUCCUAAUGUUGAGGAAAAAGAAUGUGUUUGGGAUGCUUCUUUGCCUCCAAGUGGAAAUGUCAGUCCACUAAGCAGUAUUGAUAGUACUGGUAUUGUCACUGCGAUGAGCAUUGUUAAUAGUUGUGCUAGUACAUAUUGGAGUGAUGCAAUGACUAGUGAUGCAAUGACUAGUGAUGACAUGCUUGGUUUAGAUAGAAACUGUGAUAGUACUAAAGGGAGUGUAAGGGGGGAUUCACUAGAGAGUGCAAAAACUAGUGCUAGUUGGGCAAGUCAUAACAGUGGCCUAAGCGAAAACAGCAACUGGAGCAACAUAAAUGGUAGGGCCAAUAAGCCUCACAAAGGAAAUGAUUCUAGGUGGAAGGUUAUUCCUAUCAUUCAAUUACAGGAUGGAAUUCUGGGCAUGAGUCAUUUUAGAUUACUCAAAGGUCUAGGAUGUGGUAACAUUGGAAGUUUAUAUCUUUCAGAACUGAGUGGAACUCGGUGUUAUUUUGAAAUGAAAGUUAUGGAUAAGGAAUCCCUAGCAAGCAGAAAAAAGUUAACUAGAGCACAAGAGAGGGAGAUAUAACAGUUGCUGGACCAUCCAUUUCUAUGAACUUUGUAUACACAUUUUGAGACUGACAGAUUCUCGUGCUUGGUGAUGGAAUAUUGUCCAAGCGGUGAUAUGCACACUUUAAGGCAACGACAACCUGGGAAACAUUUCUCAAAAUAUGCAGCACGAUAUGCUUUAUGUUUCUCCACCCACUUCCACGACAGCCUCCUCUACCACCGCCUCACCUCUAGCGACAUCGUCUAG